AUGGGGAGUUUGAACAAUUUAUGUGCUCUGAUUAAGAAGUAUGGAUUAGCAAGAACUGCAAAUGAGGCAAUGCUUGUGAUUGAAGCUUAUAGAACACUUAGGGACCGUUGUCCUUACCCCGCUAAUCAGGUUAUUAAGGAUCUUGACGGGAGCUUUGCCUUUGUUGUCUAUGAUAGCAAAGUUGGAACCGUUUUUACAGCACUGGGUUCUAAUGGUGGAGUUAAGUUGUACUGGGGCAUAGCUGCAGAUGGUUCUGUGGUGAUUUCUAAUGAUAUAGAGGUAAUUAAAGCAAGCUGUGCUAAAUCAUUUGCACCAUUCCCAACAGGGUGCAUAUUUCACAGUGAGGGAGGAUUAAUGAGUUUUGAGCACCCAAUGAAUAAGCUAAGGGCAAUGCCAAGGGUGGACAGUGAAGGGGUAAUGUGCGGGGCUAUUUCAAAAUUGAUCAUUACGCUAGGGUUGAUAGCAUUCCUCGAGUUGGAAGUGAAGCCAAUUGGACAGAAUGGAAUUUUCAUGAACCCUACUCCAUCAGUUUCAUGUUUUCCACUUUGUUUUGUUAUUUUGGAGUAUUUGAUCUUUCCUUGUUUUCUGGCCAAGAAAUGA